CUCCACUUCUUCCAAUACUUUAUACCCUACAGAAUCGCAUCAAUGGCUACAGGUACUGCGUCCAAAACCAGCAAAGUAGUGCCUCUGACCUGCCACGGCCAUUCUCGCCCCAUUACCCACAUCUCUUUCUCCGCUCUGAGCCCAGCCUCCGCAUCCUCUUCGCAACCGCAAUACUACCUCAUCUCAGCAUGUAAAGACAACAAUCCCAUGCUUCGUGACGGCCUGACCGGCGACUGGAUCGGCACCUUUGUCGGCCACAAGGGUGCAGUCUGGUCUGCUCGUGUCUCAGCCGAUGGCUCCCUCGCAGCAACCGGCUCAGCAGACUUCAGCGCAAAGGUCUGGGACACCUUUACCGGCGAGCAACUGCACACUCUGCAGCACAACCACAUUGUCCGCGCUGUUGCUUUUCCUGCCCUGCAGGACCGCCCUACCAGUCUAGCCACCGGUGGCAUGGAGAAGAAGCUGCGUAUCUGGGACUUGACUCGCGCAGGCGUCUCAAACGGUGCUUCCUCCGGCGACGAAUGCUACGAAGUCGGUGCCGGCGAGCACGGUCAAACAAUCAAGAGCAUCGUGUGGUCAGCCGCGAACUCGAACAUCUUGACCACAGCAUGCGACGACAAGAAGUUGCGUUGGUGGGACCUGCGAUCGCGCUCGGCGAUUGCGACACACGAGGUCGAGGGCACGAUCGGGUCUUGCGAACUCAACUCUAGCAUUCUGGACGGAUCGGCAAAUGGCACGUUGAGUGUUGCUGCUGGAAAGAGUGUUUACUUCUUCGAUGGUGCUCGUCCUGGUGUUUUGCUCGACUCCAAGACGUUGGACCAGGAGAUUGCUAGUGUGGCUGUUUGUGGAAGCCAGCGUCGUUUCGUCACUGGAAGUGCUAGAGAUACCUUCGUACGGGUGUGGGAUCUCGACUCUGGCGCUGAGAUUGAAACACGCAAGGGUCACCACGGUCCCGUAUGGACCAGCGCAUUCUCCCCUGAUGGCAAACUCUACGCUACAGGCAGCGAAGACGGCACAAUCAAGUUGUGGAAAGCCACCACCGAGUCCUACGGUCUGUGGAAGUAG